AUGGCGUUAACCGCUCCGCCACAGUUGGCAUCCGAUCAUUCCUGUCCUUGUUCAUCGCUUCAUUAUGGCAGCCUUUUAAAGAGUGACGGACCAAAUCGAGAUUCAAGUCUGGGUUUCCUUGAAAAAGGCCAUUGGAGAGAUUUGCAUAGCCCACAGGUCAUGUUUGACCUCUGGAAGACGGCGAAUUGGCUAUGGCAAAGAGAGCAAGAGGUACAUACCAUGUGGUUAGCACGCCAAGCUCCACAUUAUUUUCAGUUGCCUGUCGUCUUCUUCUGUGGCUCUCCCAAUCACGCCGCUCGCAAUAAUAGCAGGGUUCAAUGUUCACGCAAGCCAAAAUGGCGCUCAGAUAUAUAUACUUUGAUCCAUUGA